ACUGAUGCGUCGUAGUUUCGGCGGACAUUUUGAACUGUUGUUUGGAUUGAAAUUCGGAGCCUGUAUCCUAAAUGUAUGUAUGUUGAAAUAUUAGUCUUCCUGUGCAGUGAAGCUGUGUUGGUGGCAUCUGAAACACAGACUUGCAGUGGAUGCACACUGGACAUCAGAGUAGGAGCAGUGUUGAAGGGAAUAGGCUCAAACAAACAAAGCCAAACAAGACAGCAGCCUCAUGUGCCUGUUUUGGGAGUCUUAACCUUUCUUUGUGGUGGACUCGGUCAUGGAGCCUAGUUGGAUGCUGUAGAGACGAGAUAUCAUCCAAACGAUCCAGUUUCAUCACGAGUUUUAAAGGCGAAGAGACUCCGUAGUGCACCCGUCUUUCCAGAGCUCAUCACGACAACAUGAAUAACAUCAAUCGGUGAAAAUAAAGUCCGUGCCAAAAACCCUUCUUGCCUCUAAAAUUAACUCUUCAAAAGAGCUACAGCAACGCAGAGCUAAUGAGACACCAUGUGUGCAGGGUGUGGUCAAGAUGGAUUGUUUACUUCUAAGCAGGAGCUGAUUGCCCAGUUUUGGGGGCUAAAGACCAACACAGAAAAAGUGGGGAAAACGGGAACCUCUGAUGCCACGAGAUCACUUUCUUCUGCCAGUAACCAUCUCCAUCACUGCCACAUCAGCUGGUCCCAAGGUUGUGAGGUCAACCAAACAUCUGGCCCCUCCACCAUGUUCUCUAAGGAUGUUCUUGGCUCGAAGGCUCAAAGGCUGAUUGAACGUGGGCUGUUUUUUGAGCCUGCCAGGGUUGCAAUUGUUCCAGUGGGCAUGGAUGUGUACCCAUAUGAAGAAUGGAAAGAGACCUCGGCUGCUUCAGUAGAGACUGAAGAAGCUUCUUCAGACCACAUGAUUGGAGACCCGCGCGACCAUGUGACCAAGAACCCAGUGACCUGCUGUGGAUGGUGUCUGACCUCAGAGGUCAGGGUUUACAGGGCCGAGCUAAAACGUGCUUCAAAUCUCUCAUCCGACGAACCACUGGUUGAAAAGCUUUCAGGCAACACAAAUCUGUGGCUACUUGUCAAAAUAUUUGAAGCAAAGCGCGGCCCUCGCUCAGGCAGGCUCGGGCUCCCAGCUCUAAUUCUGCAGCACUCGCCGACGUCCUUCAUUUGACCUUGGCGCACCACGGUGCCCUCUGUCGCCAUGCUGCUAGUCGCACUGUGCCCCCUGUGGCUCACCAACGCAUCAUUACAGAUACACACUCAAACACACACACACACACAUAUUGCCAUCCAGAUAAUCAAUAGUGCAUCGGGCUCCAGGUCAACAGAGGGAAUUAACUGAGCGUGCCCAAUCACAUGGAGGGGGCCUCUGGGAAAAAUCAUUGGCUUUGCACCGCUAUGACUGAACACACAUGUACGGAGAUUUCUCCUCAGCUUUUAAUAUUGUCCAGCCUCAUCUUCUCCUGAGAUGCCUGUGUGACCUGAGCGUCAGCUGCAGCCUUGUCCUGUGUCCACCUUUGUUCCACAGGGGUGCGUUUUAUCUCCCUUCCUGUUCUCCAUAUAUACAAAUGAGGUAAAAUACAACAGCAAAGACCUCUCACUCAUAAAGUAUGGUGAUGAUACUGCCCAUGGUUGUCUGCCUGCAGUAUGUCAACAGCCCUUCCUACUCUUAGCACAUCAACCACCUUGCCAUCUGGUUUGACGGCAGCUUCCUUGACCUUGAUUUCAAUAAGACCAAGGAGCUGUGUCUGGGAGGUAGGAUGGAUGCAGGCAGCACAGGGCCCACCUUCAAGCCUGCUAUCAUGAGGUGGUAGGAAGUGGAGCAGGUCACUCAUUUUAAAUAGCUGAGAACAAUCAUUGACAAUAAACUCACUUUUCAGACCAAUGCAGACUACAUUUACAAAAAAGCAAGGCAGUGGCUCUGUCUCCUCAGGAAAUUGAGGAGCUUCAAUGCCAGCAAACUCACCCUGACCAUGGUCUACAGGCCCCCACAGUCCAUGAGCACUGCUGCUGCUGCUGAAAAUGUUUUUUUGUAUUUUAGCUGUUCUCUACUGUCUGUUUUACACUGUGUUGCCAGAAUGCCAAAAGCAAAUUUCCAUUUCAUGUAAUGUAAUGGACAAUAAAGUUUCCUUAUCUUA